CUGCCUUUUGAGGAAUUUCAGUUCUCUUAUUUUUCGCUUGAACUCAAGUCCUAGGCAAGUUAUUCUCCCGCCCUAAGAAACUGGGAGUGUUUCAGGACCGGGCUGCGGGUGCUAUGAGACCUCAGACACAAAGAUGCGGCUGUUCAGAGUCAGAAGAGCACAUGGAUAGGGAGUUUGGAAGGGAAGAGAGAACAGAAGAGCUACAAAGCUGUCCUAGAAGACCCGAUGCUGAAAUUUUCAGGGCUGUACCAAGAAACAUGCUCUGACCUCUAUGUUACAUGUCAGGUUUUUGCAGAAGGGAAACCUCUGGCGUUGCCAGUGAGAACAUCCUACAAGGCCUUUAGUACCAGGUGGAACUGGAAUGAAUGGCUGAAACUACCUGUGAAAUACCCUGACCUGCCCAGGAAUGCCCAAGUGGCCCUGACCAUAUGGGAUGUGUAUGGACCAGGAAAGGCAGUGCCCGUGGGAGGGACAACUGUCUCCCUGUUUGGAAGAUAUGGCAUGUUUCGUCAAGGAAUGCAUGACCUGAAAGUCUGGCCACAUGUAGAAGCAGAUGGGUCUGAGCCCACAAGAACGCCUGGCAGAACGAGCAGCACUCUCUCGGAAGACCAGAUGAGCCGCCUUGCCAAGCUUACCAAGGCUCAUCGGCAAGGACACAUGGUGAAAGUGGACUGGCUGGACAGGCUGACAUUUCGAGAGAUAGAAAUGAUCAAUGAGAGUGAAAAACGAAGUUCUAAUUUCAUGUACUUGAUGAUUGAGUUUCGCUGUGUCAAGUGUGAUGAUAAAGAAUAUGGUAUUGUUUACUAUGAAAAGGAUGGUGAUGAGUCCUCCCCAAUUUUAACAAGCUUCGAGUUAGUGAAAGUUCCUGACCCUCAGAUGUCUAUGGAGAAUUUGGUUGAGAGCAAACACCACAAGCUUGCCCGAAGUUUAAGAAGUGGGCCUUCUGACCAUGAUCUCAAACCCAAUGCUGCCACCAGGGACCAGCUGAAUAUUAUUGUGAGUUACCCACCAACCAAGCAGCUUACAUAUGAAGAACAAGACCUUGUUUGGAAGUUUAGAUAUUAUCUCACUAAUCAAGAAAAAGCUUUGACAAAGUUCUUGAAGUGUGUUAACUGGGAUCUGCCUCAGGAGGCCAAGCAGGCAUUGGAGCUUCUGGGGAAGUGGAAGCCAAUGGAUGUGGAGGAUUCCUUGGAGCUGCUGUCCUCACAUUACACCAACCCAACGGUGCGGCGCUAUGCUGUGGCAAGGCUCCGCCAGGCUGAUGACGAGGAUUUGUUGAUGUACUUACUGCAGCUGGUCCAGGCUCUCAAAUAUGAAAAUUUUGAUGACAUAAAGAACGGAUUGGAACCCACCAAGAAGGACAAUCAGGGUUCGGUGUCAGAGAGUGUGUCGAGUUCUGGAAUCAGUUCUGCAGAAAUAGAUAGCUCCCAAAUUAUAACCAGCCCUCUUCCUCCAGUGUCUUCUCCUCCUGCAUCUAAAACAAAAGAAGCUUCAGAUGGGGAAAGUCUAGAGCAAGACUUAUGUACCUUUUUGAUAUCAAGAGCCUGCAAGAACUCAACAUUGGCUAAUUACUUAUACUGGUAUGUGAUAGUGGAGUGCGAAGAUCAAGAUACCCAGCAACGGGAUCCCAAGACCCAUGAGAUGUACCUGAACGUCAUGCGGAGAUUCAGCCAGGCCCUUCUGAAGGGUGACAAGUCUGUCCGAGUCAUGCGCUCUCUGCUGGCUGCGCAGCAGACGUUUGUGGAUCGGCUGGUGCAUCUGAUGAAGGCUGUCCAGCGGGAAAGCGGGAACCGUAAGAAAAAGAAUGAGAGACUUCAGGCCUUGCUUGGAGAUAAUGAGAAGAUGAACUUGUCAGAUGUGGAGCUGAUUCCAUUGCCCUUAGAGCCCCAGGUGAAAAUCAGGGGAAUAAUCCCAGAAACAGCAACACUGUUUAAGAGUGCUCUUAUGCCAGCUCAGCUGUUCUUUAAGACAGAAGAUGGAGGCAAAUACCCAGUUAUAUUCAAACACGGUGAUGAUCUGCGCCAAGAUCAACUUAUUCUGCAAAUCAUCUCACUCAUGGACAAGCUUCUUCGCAAAGAGAAUCUGGAUCUGAAACUGACGCCGUACAAGGUAUUGGCCACCAGCACAAAGCACGGCUUCAUGCAGUUUAUCCAGUCAGUUCCUGUGGCUGAGGUUCUGGAUACAGAGGGAAGCAUCCAGAACUUUUUUAGGAAGCAUGCACCAAGUGAGACUGGGCCAAAUGGUAUCAGUGCUGAAGUCAUGGACACUUACGUUAAAAGUUGUGCUGGAUAUUGUGUCAUUACAUAUAUUCUUGGAGUUGGAGACCGACACCUGGAUAACCUUUUGUUAACAAAAACAGGCAAACUCUUCCACAUAGACUUUGGAUAUAUUUUGGGUCGAGACCCGAAGCCUCUUCCUCCUCCAAUGAAGCUGAAUAAAGAGAUGGUGGAAGGAAUGGGGGGCACCCAGAGCGAGCAGUACCAGGAGUUCCGAAAGCAGUGUUACACGGCCUUUCUCCACCUUCGAAGGUAUUCAAACCUGAUUUUGAACCUGUUUUCCUUGAUGGUUGAUGCAAACAUCCCAGAUAUUGCUCUUGAACCAGAUAAAACUGUAAAAAAGGUCCAGGACAAGUUUCGUCUGGAUCUGUCUGACGAGGAGGCAGUGCACUACAUGCAGAGUCUCAUCGAUGAGAGUGUCCAUGCAUUGUUUGCUGCCGUGGUGGAGCAGAUCCACAAGUUUGCCCAGUACUGGAGAAAAUGAAAGUGGGUCUGACCCAUCAAGACACUUGGCUAAGGAAGACGACCACAUUGUACACAACUGGUGUACCCAGAAGACAUCAGCGUAGUCAGUAAGGAAGAGAAGUCCAUGUGGUCUACAGAGCCUGAAUUCUGUUUCCUUGGAUUGCUGUGGCUUAAUUACAGGUUUAAAGGAUUUGUUUAAAAGUACUGUAUAUAGAGCCCAGUGUGGUGGUUCAUAGCUGUAGUCUCACACUGCUGGGGUGCUGAGGCAGGAGUGCUACAUGGUGAAGACCAGCCUGGGCUGCAGAGUGAGUCUCUGUGUUUUAAACAAUCCUGUAUAUGCUUGUUGUAUAAUGUGUACAGAUUAUCAAAAUCUUAUUUCCAUAUUAUGUAUCUAGGAAUUCUAGGGGAAUUUUAUGCUGAUUCAGUAAAACAUUUUAGUCUCUGAAUCUGAAAUGUCAUUUCCUGAUGUUUUUACAAUAAGACAAUACUUACAGAUUAA